GAUUAUAUCCCGCUUAUUACAUAGUUACCUAAGAUAGCUACCUCUUACUGCCAUAAUAAACACCAAAGAAAAGUCAUAAAAGAGUGCUAUGCACAAGAAAAUUGAUGUACACACUACUGCAAAAGCGUCUGAUGCAGGGGAAGAUGUGAAAAAAAACGUUGAGACGAACACCUCCAAUAACGUUAAUUUAAUGUCAAUUUUGCAGACAACAAAUGUCACGCUGAAUCCUCCGAAGAAUGAUGAAGUAUGGUCAUCUUGGUAUAACGAAGCCGAUGAUGCCUUUAAUGACUUCAAGAGUUUCGAACCUGAGAUUCCAACUGGUGGUUUGGCGGUGCCAGGUAGUGGAGGCUCCAUGCGCACACUAAGCGCGCGCCAAAUUAGCGGCCAGUUCGAAGAGGAGGUCGCCAAGUCUUGGGAGGAUGACUGGGAGGAUGAGGAUAUGGACGACACCUUUGAUUGCAUCAUGGGCCAGAUAUCCCAUUACGAAACAUCCGUGGGGGCGGCAGCGAUGGAAUAGUCGGAAUUCAAACAAAGAAUUCAUCGGAUUGAAGUAAAGGGUUUGAGAUUCGUCCUGUUUUAUUCUUAUUACUAUUAUCUAUAGCUGUAAACUUUUUCCAACAUAAGAUGAUUGUUGGGAUGGUUAAAGCUAUGGGAAACGACUUUGUAUUCCAUUCAUUAUUAAGGUUUAUAAUGUUCAUCUCAUGCUUUUGUACAAAAAUGACUGCAAGCGAUAAGAAUUUGUUUUCUUGGAACUACGGAGUGGUGGUGAGUUGCAUGUCAGCCUAGGAGAUAGGGAAACAAUAGUGUCAGGAACUCUUUUGCAAUAAAAAAUGACAUUUUAACUUAUUUGAUGUUUUCAUUCUCUUUAUCUUUUUUUUAUAUUUUAUUCUUCUGACAAGCAAACUAUUUUCUCUAGCAUAAAAAAUUUACGGCAAAAGUAAUUUGCAAACCAUCCUUGAUCAUUUUUGAUCCUGGAUUCAUUUAUUCGAAAUACCAAGAAGAAGCUCCCAAAAAAAUCUUUAUUUGUCCCUAAUAAGGGAGGCAACACUUUACAUAAUAAAAUAAGAAAAAUCAAAGCAGGUAGGUGCAUCUAUAAACCUGCCAGAUCUAUAUAUAACUCUAAUUUAUUAAAGUUACAUAGCGCAGGGUACUGAGAGAGAAUACAAA